CCAUGACAUAUUUUUUUAAAAGAUAAAUCCAAAAGUGUUUUAAGACCACAAAUCAUACUUGUUCUCUUUGUUUCUGCUGCGAAUAUAUAUAUACAGAUUGAAGCAUCGUGAUCAAAUCAUCUUCUUCCUUUUGAACUCCAUCCAACAAUAUAUAUAUAGAGGUGGGUGUCAUUUCUUGUAAUCCAACAUCUCUAUCUACAAACAAACACUUUCUCAGUCUUAGCUUUUCUUUGGUUCAAUAAUGGAUUCAACUACUGCUGAAGUUGCAUACUACUUUGCCCCAUUUCUCCGGGUAUACACAGAUGGCCUUGUAGAGAGGUUGCUCGGCACAGAUGUAGUUCCACCGGCAAUGAAUUCGGAAACCGGGGUUUCCACCAAGGACGUUGUGAUCGCACCUGAAACUGGCGUAUCGGCACGUCUGUUCAAGCCGAACUCCGUUAACCCAGAGAAAAGGCUUCCUCUACUAGUUUACUUCCAUGGCGGAGGCUUCUCCCUAUGCUCCCCUUACUGCUCCAUAUACCAUAAUUACCUUACUUCUCUAGUCCUCGAAGCUGACAUCAUUGCAGUGUCUGUUGCCUACAGACUAGCCCCUGAAAACCCUGUCCCUGCAGCUUAUGAAGAUUCAUGGGCUGCGCUUCAGUGGGUGGUUUCCCAUUGUAAUGGGCAAGGCUCCGAACCUUGGCUGAAAGACCACGCUGAUUUUCAGCGAGUUUUUUUGGCUGGAGACAGUGCAGGAGGCAAUAUUUCACACAACUUGGCUGUACAAGCCGGGGUUGAAGGGCUGGGUGGUGUGAAGCUGCAAGGAAUUUGUGUAGUUCAUCCAUAUUUUGGGAGAAAAUCAGAAGAUGAUGUUGGCAAGGUUGAUGACAAUGCCAGUGGUGGUCGACCGGACGUGAGGCCCGGUGUGGAUAACAGGUGGCUUUAUGUGUGUCCAACAACUAGUGGGUUCAAUGACCCAAGGUACAAUCCGGCGGCUGAUGAGAGGUUAUGGAGGCUAGGGUGCAGUAAGGUUCUGGUUUGUGUUGCAGAGAAGGAUGCGCUGAGGGAAAGAGGGUGGUUUUAUUAUGAGACAUUGGGUAAGAGUGGUUGGAGUGGAGAGGUGGAGAUUAUGGAGACAGAGGGGGAGGGGCAUGUGUUUCAUUUGUUCAAGCCUAGUUGUGAAAGGGCCGUGACCCUGAUGAAAAGGAUCGUCUCUUUCAUCAAUCAUGAAUAAGUUCAGGUCAUUGGAGCUUUAGAAGAGAGUUUGUAAUUUCCUGAUGAAAAGGAUCGUCUCUCUCAUCAAUCAAGAAUAAGUUCAGGUCAUUGGAGCUUUAGAAGAGAGUUUGUAAUUUCUCAAUUAAUAAGUCAGCCUUGUGCUGGAGCUUUAGAAGAGAGUUUUUAAUUUCUCAAUUAAUAAGUCAGCCUUGUGCUGACUAUGCCUUUUCAUUUUAUGAAAGUUUUAUUUGCCAAUUCUGGCUUAUAUCUUUUUGUAAGAACUCGUUCCACACGGUGUAAAUAUUAUUGUUUAUUUACACCCCGUCUACCACAAUCUUAUGGGGGUAGACACAACAAAGUCCACGGAAUUGUAAGAUCAAAUAGACGAACACCUGUAUGGGGCCAAACAAACCUCACACUGAGAUCG